UCUCUUCCCCUCACCCCCCACAGAUCGAUCCCUCCCGGACAGAAACGCAGCAAGGCCGACUACCUUCCACCGCCGCUUCGACACUAGGGUUCAGCCGUUACAUCGUCGGCGGGGCUUGGCCCGCCGCCGCCGGAGAUGGGCGUCGCGGAGAUUGCGAAGAAGGUCGACGCCUUCAAGGCCGAGCUCGCCGCCAAGUCGUCCCGCAUCGCCGACCUGGAGGCCCGGGUCUCGCUCCUCGAAGCCGAGAACGCGCGCUUGAGGAAGGCCAUGUCCGAGGGAGUUGCGAUGAACCGUAGAGCCAAAAAGGGUCCAACCUUUGGUCGAUUGGAGGAGGGUCUCGGCGGAAACAAGCAAAAGUCAGCCGACAUCGCCGGCGGGCAUCUGAUGAAUGAUGUCAUAGAGGUCAGCGACGGCGAGGAAGAGGGGAUGGCUGUGGAUGUCAACAGCGGGGAGGAGGGCGUUCCUCCGGUCCCGACUCCUAGCAAGUGUGCGGUGCGGGUGGUGACCGGCAAGAGGGGUGUUGCAGAGGAGAUUAAGGACGCCGAUGGAGGUGGUGGGCGAGACCAUGGGAGCGUUCGCUGUGAUGGCAAUGUGAUUCUGGACGACGAUGAUGUUUUGAUCACGCCACGAGGCAAGAAGCGCACAGCGACACGGGUAAUCAGUGACAGUGAGAGUGAGGAUGAAGAUGAGAAUGGUCAAGGGCAUGGAGAUGGUGAGGUGGGUGUUAGAAGCAGCAGGAAAUGUUUGUUGCGUGGAGUCAGUGACAGUGCGAGUGAGGAUGGCAGUGAGGGUGUUCGUGUGGUUAAUCAAAAACCUGUUUCACCUCUAGUUACGACAGGGGUCGAGAGUGAGGAUGACGAUGGUGAAUUACAUGAGAUGGAGGGGCGUUCUACUCCGGCAACAAGGCGCUUCGCUCGGUUGGCUGAAGGUCAAUCAAAGAGAAUGCGACCUACACGUCGGAAACUUGAGUUUUUUGAACCCAAGAAUCAUGAAGAGAGCGAGGAUGAUUCAGAAGAGGAUGAUAAUAUGGAAAAUUUUAUAGUAGAUGAUUCAGAUUGUUCAGAAAAUUCUGCUGAUUCUGUUGAAGAAUCCUCUGCUGGACCAGAAGAGUCUGACGACGAGGAAACUUAUAAAGAGCUUAUGGAUAGGAUACGCGGCAAAAGGAAUGCCAAGAAUAAGGAUUGGAAGAUUGAGCCAGAGAUGCUAUCAGCAUUUGAUGAAUACCCUGAACUUCGCCUGAAAGCUGUUUGUGCCCUCUAUCGAAAGCAGACCCAGGAAGAACAGGCAGGAAAAGCUACUAUCAUGCACAACAAAAAAGGAUUUAACCAGAUAGACGCCCGAAGGGGUUCUAACAUAGCGCAGUUUCUUCUGGAUGGUGAUGCUGCUGGGCCGCUUAAGAAGACUGCACAAGACUUGGAAAAUUACGAUCGGUAUGCUCUUGAGUUCUGUCACAAGAUGGCUUUACGUUACUCGAAGCAGUUGUUUGCAAUAUAUCAGAAUAAGGAGGACCCCUACUUUCCAUGACUCUGGUGUCAGUUAUCACUUACUUCAUAUGUUGACCUUUCUGUGACCCUUGUACCUCCCCAAUCAGCCAGUCAGAGUCUUUUGUAUAUAUGGGUUUAGUUUUGUGUCUUAAGUAAUCUGUAGUUAGGGCAUGCUAAAGUUAGUUUAUCACUAGGAUGCACGCUGUUAAGUGAAGCACGUGUCUGACAGGGUCUAUGUUGUUUAGCUGAACUGCUUGUGCUCCCUGUAAUAUCCAUGCAUAGUAAAUCUAUCUCUAUCCUUGAAAUGUUACCCAAGGAGUUGUUCUG